AUGUCCAUCCUCACACGCCCCGAGGAUGUCUUCUCCCUUUUCCCCUGCCAGGCGCACCCUUCUCAGUCGGCCAUACUGAGCGCGGAAGCAUUCGCUGACCUCGAUAUCUUCGGCCGUGGUCACGCCAUUAUCAACGAGUGGUUCCGCGCCUGGAUUGAGCCCGCGGUCCAGGAUAUCCAGGCGCCCGUUCGGGGCGACGCCGUGACAUUUCAGCGCACGGCGGAACUACUCAAUUUCAUGCAGCACUUCCUGCAGUUCCGCACCGUCGCCCUUCGCCAGCUCGCGAUGACGCAGGCUGACAUCGAUCACUUCCGCGCGCGCGAGGCAGCGCUGCUCGACCAACUUGGGUCGUACUGGGCGGUUUUCUAUCACCUCUUGGAGAGGGCUACUCUCCCGAUUCCUAGCGCCCUGGACAGGACUGCCAAGCGUUCUCUCAAGACUCAGACCGAGUACAGAAACAGCCUUGUCGCCGAAUGGUUCUUCGACGUCGGGCUGGAUCUGGAUGCUACUAAGGGUGUUUUCGAUCGCGACGCAUUCCAGGAUCUCAAGCGCAAGGUCUCGAGGCACUACAGCACCGACCGAACCGUCGGAGGAUGGGACAAGAGGCGCUUUUGGUUUAUCUUCUCGACCGGGCUCACGAAGUUCAUCACUAUGGGCGAAAAGUACUGGAAUUACCUCGUCGGCUUCGACGGGUGGACGUCGCGCUUCACGUUGUUCAAUAGGGCUUUGAUGCACGAGGGCCCUCUCGAUGCGGUGAUUCCUUCUCUGCGUUGCAUUCACGACCCUAUCACGUUGGGUGGCGCGUUUGCGGUCGGAGCGGCAGUUUCCGCCUUUUUUGCGAUGAGUCGCCCUGGUCUCUUCGGCAACCUGCCCUUCAAUUGGGCAGACGAAGGCGAUUUGUGCCCAUCUGAACGUGUCACCGGUAUUUUGUGGCGACUAUUCUCUCUGCAAUCUGAUGAACGGAUUUUUCAAUCUUAUACGAGGAUAUCGCAUUAUGAGGCAGCUCUCGAUGCCGCACGCUCCGGUAACAAACGCUCUGAAAACUGGCAUGCAUGCCCGACUCCAAGGGAGUUUUUGUUCGGGUUCCCAGCGCACCUCAUCACCCAUCGCAGCACGAUGUCGUACAAUCUCGUCCAACCCGUCGCCGCCUUCUGCACACUCCCUAUGCAACCGCACCCGACGGUGCCAGUAGCGCUCGACGCUGCUGCCUCCGCCGCGGUUAUGGACGCCUGGAAACCAGCGCUGAGAUACCGGGCGGAUUUUGCCCUGAAGCCAUCCGGAAAGCUCAGUCCAGUCGUCUACAGCCCCACGAACACUAUAUACUGCCUCAUCGCCGCUAAAACUCACGAAAACUUUAUCACCGCGGCGCGCGACUUCCUCCUCCCUCGCGUCGACGGCAGACACUACACCCCCGCCGACCGCGCGAACUUGUCGCGCUUUGCCGACAUCGUGCUCUACUUCGCCGACUGCGCCGGCAUCUACUGGGAGAUGGCCUUCAACAACGGGGAGACUUGGACGGACGGCGGCGAGACGGCGCUGGAGACCUCGCAGUACUUCAAAGACUACGUGUCGGGGCGGUGGGCUGAAGAUAUCGAGCGAUUCUUCCGUGCGCGGGGCCUCGAUGCGCGCGCUGUGCAGGGCGCGCUCACGGCCUGCGUGCCUGCCGGCCAGGAUAGCCAGCUGUACCAGGAUAUUUUCUACUCUGGCGUGGUACGCGCGCUUAGGAGUCCGCAGCCCGAAUAUAAACACAUCCAGAACCACCCUUACACGCACACGCGCUUCACGUUCUUCAGUGCGCUGCUGAGAGACAGUUCCUCGAACCUGCGAUCCGCCGCUCUCCAGCGCAUCCGCGACCCCGUCACGCUUGGUGGUGCUUUCGGCGCGCGCGCGCCCUACAGAAGCACGAAUAUCGACGCCAACACUCGCGCAAACUAUCUCAUGCGGGACGUCACCGCCAUCAUCCGGUAUGCCCUCGAAGAUCUACCGCAGCCUUUGGGCGCGACUCUCCCCGAGCCUUCUGAGCGCAGGGCAGAGCAGGCGAUCGCGACGUACCUCGGCAUGCCGAGGCUAUAGAGUCCAAAC